AUGCCCUCAACAAUACCAGAAGAGGGGGAGAACCCCGAGCCCUUGGAUCGCAGUCUCGAUCCCCGUCUCGAGGCCUUGAAUUCCCGCCUAUCCAGGACCGAAACCAGAGAGACUCUCGCCGACCGCGGCAUUUCAGAAGUUCCUCCACCAUUGGAUUACAAUUACCCAGCCAUUGGACAUGAUCAGGACCCUGUGUUCCCCGAGGAAUAUACCGUGGAAACCAAUACCGGUCUUGUUCCCCAGACAACUCUGGAGCAGAUCCGAACCCAUGUUUCGACGACUUCCACGCAACACGGCGGCGCCCCACCAAACGACAAUGACGCCGACGUCGACGUUGAAAAGGGAGGAAAGGGCGGGCCUGCCGAGUUCGUAACAUUCACCAUCAAUGACCCCGAACACCCCUACAACUGGAAUCGCAUCUAUCGCUGGUACAUCACUAUGGUCGCUUCGAUGCUGGUGGUGUGUGUUGCAUUCGGAUCCUCCAUCGUCACCGGAGGAUUGGGCUUGAUCGAAGACAAAUACCACGUCUCUCUCGAAGUCGCUAUCCUGACAUGUUCCAUCAUGGUCUGCGGAUUCGCAGUUGGUCCUCUACUCUGGUCUCCCCUCUCCGAGAUCAUCGGCCGACAACCUGUAUACAUCAUCUCUAUGCUUUUAUAUACCAUCUUCAACAUUCCCUGCGCUCUGUCCCCAAACAUCGGUGGCUUGCUUGUGUGUCGAUUCCUCUGCGGUGUCUUCUCUAGUUCGGGUCUUUCCCUCGCUGGUGGCACUAUCGCCGAUAUCUGGAACAUUGAGGACCGCGGCAUGGCCAUUGCUUACUUUGCUGCUGCGCCUUACUGUGGCCCUGUGCUUGGCCCCAUCGUCACAGGUUGGAUCAACGUUGGAAGUGGCCGCCUCGACCUCUUCUUCUGGGUGAACUUGGCCUUCUCCGGUCUCAUGAUGGUUCUGAUGGGCCUUGUCCCGGAGACAUAUGCCCCUGUGAUUCUUAAGCGCCGCGCUGCCAGACUCCGCAAAGAAACUGGAAACCCCAACAUCAUCACCGAGCAAGAAAAGACGAAGCUCACAUUCAAGGAAAUCGCUCAGACGAGCUUGAUUCGACCGAUCACUAUGAUAAUGACCGAGCCCGUUCUCGACCUAAUGUGCAUGUACAUCGUGCUGAUUUACGCCAUGCUUUACGCCUUCUUCUUCGCAUACCCUGUUAUCUUCACCGAGCUCCACGGCUAUAACGACGGCCAGAUCGGCCUCAUGUUGAUCCCCAUUCUGAUUGGCGCCGGUUUCGCCCUGGUCACCACUCCCCUCAUCGAGCACAAGUUCAAGAGAAUCUGCGACUCGCGAGCCCCCACACCAGAAGACCGACUCCACGGAGCCUUGCUCGGUUCGCCUUUCAUCCCGAUCGCCCUGUUCAUCUUGGGCGCGACCUCCUACAAGCAUAUCAUUUGGGUCGGCCCUGCUUCAUCGGGCAUUGCCUUCGGCUACGGCAUGGUUUUGUGCUACUACUCUGUGAACAACUACAUCAUCGACUCUUACCAGAAGUACGCUGCAUCCGCCUUGGCAGCCAAGGUCUUCCUGCGUUCCGGUGGUGGUGCAGCCUUCCCGCUGUUCACUACGCAAAUGUAUCAUCGUCUCGGCUUGCAGUGGGCUUCUUGGCUGCUUGCUUUCAUUGGUCUUGCUAUGAUUCUCAUUCCCUACAGCUUCUUCUUCUUCGGAGCGCGACUACGUGCGAAGCUCAGCCCGGCCCCGGCCAAGUAA